UAACAAUAACAAGUAACUGCACAAGAGAGGACUUGUUGGAAUAUUUGUUCUCUAAUCGUCGUGUUUCUUGGUGUAUAAACUUGAUGACUCGCGAAAGUCCGUUUUCAUUCGUUUUUAUUAUUAUCCCGAGGUUCUUAAGAGUGUCAUUUGGAACGAAUUAGGAUUCUUGAAACAUAAUGUCACUGAGCUUGAUAUUCAUUGAAGAAUAUAUCUAAGUAAUAAAACCGAUAUGCUUAAAUUCAUCACAAGAAACUCCUCCGCCAUAUUGCUCAUCAGAAAGAGAGAAUCAUUUAAGAGACUCCAAGAUGGCGCUCAGUGGUGGCUUCGUCGUGUAAAGGUAGCUGAUGAUAGCUGCUGUAGUGAAGUGAAUAGUCUUUUUAUUAGUAUCGCAAGGCAAUAAAUGACAACAACAAAAACAUAAAGUGAAAGGAUUGAUGUACAACUAACAGUUUCAAUUAUUGCGACUGUAAUACGUGAAAUGUGGCGCGCACUGUAGUGGGGCUGAAGACAGGUAAAGAUUGAAGGGUACACUACUCACCAACACUUGUGCAAGAUGAGAACUAUGUGGGCGUGGAUGUUUGUGAAUGUGGGCGUGUAUGGGAGACUGUUGGACGACGACACCACCAACAAGGACCACAUCGUGCCCUCCUACACUCCCCCACAAUCAGCCUUGGACCUUGAUGCCUUCCACAGACGAACAGCUCAGGUAGCCACUAACGCCCGUAACUACCCGCUGCCACUGAGGGACCAGGCGAAGACACUCACACACCCGGGUUUCGGGGACGAUCAUGUUGCCGCUGACAGCACCUUGACGAAAACGCAGCAAAAAAUGAUCCAUUUACUGCAGGAGCGUGACUGGAGGCUUGUGGUGCGCGACCCAGCCUUCAGGGAGCUACUGAAGAAGGAAAUGGCACGGUCUGGUGUUAAUUCCCACUCCCCUGAUUAUGACAUCAUUAUUGAUACAGCUGCUACAGCGGCCGAAAGAGUCGAAAAGAUGACUGAAGGUGACGCCCACAAGCUGGUGGAGGACAUAGCGACGGAGGCCCAAGGACUUGAUGCAGAAAGGGUUGCAACGCUGUACCAAUAUAAUGAUAAUGGCGUUGGUCGGGAGGCUCGCCAAAGAAGUAUUUAUGAUGUCAAAGACGAUGUUAAAAAAGUAAAGACUGCAUCACGCGGGAACUACAACUUUGAACCUCCAGCACCUUUUGCUGUCCUCCCACUGAAGGACAUGGUGGGCAUCUUUCAGUCUCUGAACCGUGAGUACGGAGCUUCCAUUUACGACUCCCCGCCAUCCUACAGCCCGCCCAAGUCCUCAGGCUAUGACCAUAAACCCCCUAAAUAUGUUAAACUGCCGCCAAUCAAAGGCCCUACCUACUAUCCUCCCCCGCCUAUCGAGAUCUGCCCUUCAGGACAUGGCGGAGUGUUCGCCUUUUUUGCCUUUAUCACCCUGACACUGACCCUCAUGAUUGACUUCACUCUCUCCGUCAUGGUCAACAUCAACGCCACAGGCAUUGGACUUGGUGGAGGAGGAACCAACGUGAACAACAAUAAUAACAAUAAUAAUAAUAACAAUAAUAAUAACAAUAAUAAUAAUAAUAAUAAUAAUAACAACAACAAUAAUGGUCGUGCAUUCAACAUGUUCCCUAACAACUUUGGUGGACUUGACAUUGACUGGUUGCUUGUGUCAGACCUGGACGUAAUCGCCCAUGAUCUCCCCAGGGGUGACAGACAGCCCAGGGACGCCUCGGCCUCCACCCCACGCCACUUCACAUCUAACAAGGAGGGCGAUGUUAAGAGGCCCAGAACAGUCUUCGAUAUAUGGAAAAAGGCUCUUCCAUUUGGAUCCAUGUUCAUCCUACCACAUGCUCGAGGUGAAGUCGCCACAACAGCAUCAGAACUAGAGAGCUUUGACUUUCUAAGGCUUUACCCAAUCUAUGAGCCCCCACCUGCCCAAAGUACAGUUUUAACCCACUCCCAAAACGAAGAGGGCGAAGGAUCACACGAUUUUGAUGCUUCUGCAGAUACAGAUUUAGAACUAGGAUAUAAGGAUCGAUUGGAACUCUAUGAUUCACUUUACCCGUUUGAGUAUCCGGUGCUAGACGAGACACAUAGCAUGCCUAACCUCACGGACUCCCUUAACUCAUACCUGUACUUGAUGCCAGAUUAUGGUCCCAGACAAUCAAUUUAUGCUUCCCCCACAGUUACCAUGGUUACCACGACAAUUCCCGUAUGGUAUAACAAAGAGACGAUCGACAGUAAUGGCAAGCAGAGCGAGAAGCCCGUGCUAGUUAACAGUAGAGCAAGUCGAUCUGAGCAUUAUAACACCAAGAAAAAAACGGAAGAAAUUGACAUCGAAGAAAUGCAACAGGAAGAUAAGGACAAUUCACAGCCAUGGCAGCUCCCCGGACCCAGAGGUAGGGAGGCACAGUUUCAACAACACCAACGUCUGAGACGAGCACAGCGUUGGCAGAACACCAGGCCCGAGGACGUCUCCACCCACCACUAUCAGGCCUUCAUACUGCCAGGCAACAAGGUGAAUCUACGACGAUGGUGUGUGGAGGGGGAGGAAUGUCAUGAAGCAGCGGUGCGGGCGGCGUUCCAGGUGACGAGGGGGUACAUGCUUGCCCUCGCCGAGACUCGCCACUCCUGCGCUCUUUGGCUUCUCUGUGACGCCUCCGCCAGAGCCGCUACGGAGGGCGCCGUUGGGAUCAUGGCUGCCACACUCGCCAGCGGGAUAGUGAGCCAGUACCCUGCUGUGGUGUCGGGCGCUGACCUCCGGGCGGUACUGACGGCCAGAAAUGUGGGGCUCCGCACUGCCGACUGCUCCAGGUUCUACGUAUCGGGCUGCAACGUCGCCAGUUACAAUUACGAGGCCACCUAACGCUAAUGUACAUAACAACCAUCACCCCGAGUGUUUGCACAUCAACACUGUUCUUUAUGUUACUCAGUGAGACUCUGUGACCUGAACUCCUUUUCUGCCAAGUGAUCGCAGACACCACUGUAAGAGGCAAUACAUUUGUUUUACGAAACAAGUAUUAGUGAGAUAAAAGUGUUCCUACCUCGUGCUUAACCAUAAAACAUCGGGGAUCAGGGGGAUAACGAGUGCUUUAAAAAGAGUAACCCUACUCUACGGGCUGCAUUUAAUGGCCAUCCUGGUUUAUUGGUUAAACAUGCACUGUUUGCACUCUUUUGCCAAAAAUAUCAUUGAAUGUUACUCCCUGAAUACUUGUCAACAAUAUCACAAGUCUUUUUAGUAUACAUUGUUUGAAAAUAAAAUACAAAAAGAAAACUCAUAUAUUCAUAAAACAAUGCCUGUUAAUUCUAUCUUAGACUUUAAUAAAUUCACAGAAGUGUUUUAUGGAACUCUAACAGUCAACAUUUCUGGUAGUAUACAUACAGUAUAUUGUGGUUACUUGUGUUAAUUGUCAGGUUCCUCCAUAAUUAUGAAGUUACUUUUCUAAACUGGGAUUUAUCUUUCAAUCUUUUUUUUUUUAUAGAAUAUUUCACUGCUUCUCUUUCAUUCUUCGUUUAAGAAUGUGUAAACCAAAAAUUUACCAUCUGUCUUUACUGUGUGUCUUAUGAGAUGUCGUUAUACAUUGCGUCUCUAGAUUGCUGUCUCCUCGCCUUGCCGUUCGUUACACAACCUUGUGGAAGAUAAACUAGCACCAGCACUCUUUCGCGCGGACAAUGAUGAUAAUUAUAUAGUAAACUAUUACAUAAAUAUUUUAUUUUGCAAAAUUUCUUACAGGUGCGUACAAAUGAUUAGGUCAGUCCCAUUUGAUCACAUUCUAGGUCACUGUCACACAUAGGUUAUAAAAAUUAUGUUUGCUGUCUACUUCAUGUACUGAUACACUAUAAAGCAACAUUAAACAA